UGGUUCGUGAAGUGCGGAUGGAACUUCUUCUGGUGGUAAAAUAAAGGACAUUUUGUAUUAAAAAUUCUAUUGAGAUUCUGUUUCAACAUGAUGGGAGAGCCUGGAAAAAUUGUUUUCCUUUCCAGUAAUCAGGCGAUUCAUUAGACACACGAUAGACAUGGAGAUAGCCACUAAUCUCUUCCCCGUGGUACCGGCAAACGUUUAAGUGCCAACAUGGCGGCGAAGAAAGGAGUGGUGGAUCCGGGUCGCUAUUGGGUGUUGUUGCUGGCAGCAUUACAAGGGGUUUCUGUGUAUGGAACAGAGUUAUCAUCAGAGGCAUGUAGAGAGUUGGGCUUUUCCAGUAACUUGCUAUGCAGUUCUUGUGACCUGCUUAGCCAGUUUGGUUUAAGUGAACUAGAUCCUUUUUGCAAAAAAUGUUGCCAAGAAGAAGCUGUGCCUGAAAUGAAAAAGCUUUAUUCAGGGGCUAUUCUUGAAGUGUGUGGAUGAAAAUUGGGGCGGUUCCCUCAGGUUCAGGCUUUUGUCAGGAGUGACAAGCCGAAACUGUUCAGGGGACUGCAGAUCAAGUACGUACGAGGCUCUGACCCUGUACUGAAGCUCUUGGAUGACGAUGGGAACAUUGCUGAAGAGCUGAGCAUUCUCAAAUGGAAUACCGAUAGUGUGGAAGAGUUCCUAAGUGAAAAACUAGAGCGCCUCUAAAUCUUUACGGAGAAAAAAUUCUCAGUCUUUUUUUUUUGCAUCAUUUUUCAUUAUGGUAAUCUUCUCAGACAAAGUGUGAUAAACCCCGGAAAUCAUUCCAGCUUCUGCAUUAAUUUGAAGGCUAUCCCAUAUUGUGUGGUUCUCAACAUCUUUUAAUUAGAAACAGAAGCUUCAAGCACAGCAUAUUUGACAAAUUGGCAGGCUCGACAAAUGGCCUGUCCUCGUACAUUUCAGCUCCUCUUACUGGAUGGAGAUAAUUAAUGGAAUACUUUGAGACAAAUGUAAUGCUAAUACUGAAAUUUGUUAUAAUUGGGCUGCUUUUUUUCCUGGCAAGCCUAUUUGUCAGCUCCCAAUAAUUGAGAUUAUUACUGUGCUUUUUUAUGCUUCCUCUCUUUGUACAUUGAUGGAAAGUUGGAACCAAAUAAGAUGUACUCUGCCUCCCAAAGAGAUGUCUGCUUGCCUCCCCUGGGUUUUUGUAUUUCCCAGCUGUCCUUUUUUAUAGAAACAUUAUUUACAAUAUUCAUAAUGAAUGCCUACUCUCAAAAAAUCAUUUGGAGUCUUGUUCAGAUGGAGGAACUCAUGCUCUGGAGUGACUGGAGAACACUAAGGAAAUUCACUUUAAUGAUGACUACAUAGAAAGCCUUGAAAAAAGGCAUGUGUAGGUCUGAUGUCAGGUGUGUGUUCAUUAAAUGUUUCUUCUUUCAGCAGACAUGUGUUCAGUGGAGAGGGAAUAUGUUGGAGCUGGCAAUAAACCGCAAAAUCUGUU